AUGGAAAGAGUUAAAUGUGGAGCUAAUGACCCAAGCACACUGCCACUAUCAACCAUCAAAGCCUGCUUUAACCUCUCAAGAACUGCUCAAGCUAUUUAUGAGCAUGGACAUGAUAACAGGGCUCCAAGAUCCAAGAUCAUGCAGACUCUUUAUUCUCCAAGCCGAUUGUUCUAUAGGCUGCUGGUUCAGAUCAUUGAAUCUGCAAUAUGUUGUGUAAGAAUCAUCACCGCUA